AGUAAUUUUGCCGCCGUUUGACUUUGGUGUGUACAGUGUGAUCGGGUUCUUUGGAUGCUUUCUGAAGAUUUCUUGAGAUCCACAUGUCGCUCUUGUUUUUAGUGUGUUACCUACGAUUUAUUCCAUCCAUUGGCAGUCGGUAAUACAGAUACAGUUUGUAGCAAUCUCAUCUGUACGGUUACUGAGGUUACAAGUUUUUGAGGCAGGACUGUGAACCAUCUGGGGAUCUAUUGCCUUCAUUUGGGGCUUAUUUUGAUAAAAGCGAUUCUGGUCUUUUUAGUUCAAGGUUUGAUCCUUGUCACCAUGCCAACGAUUUUUAGUUACCAAAGAUAUGCUUCAAAAUCAGUUUUGCAACGAUUGUUUUCUUCAGAAAGUUUCGGAAACAUUUCUUGUAAAUCAGAGAGAGUUCGGUAUAUUGGUCAACAAGCAGUUCAAUGGUUCCCAGGGCAUAUGCGUAAAGGCAUGGAUGUCAUUCAUUCUAAAAUGCCACUUGUUGAUGUCAUUAUCGAAGUUCACGACGCAAGGAUACCUUUCUCCGGUAGACCUGAGAUUUUUCAGAAGCUUGAAUUGUCUACCUCAUUUAGCUACUAUCUCAGGGCAUCCUGCCAAUUCAGUUAUAACAGUUAUGGUCUUAGGUAUUCCAAAUAGUGGUAAAAGUACACUGAUUAAUGUUCUACGAAGUAUUGGGCAGGGAGGUCCUGGGGGUGCAGCAAGAGUUGGACGCACAGCUGGUCAAACUCGUUCUGUGGGUCAUCCGAUCAUUUUGUACAGAGGAAACUCAAGUCAUAUUUCGGAUGAUACUGAUGACAGUGUAAUGGGUCUUACUGACUACAAAAUUCAGGUGUUUGAUACACCUGGUAUCCUAGAGCCUCGUGCUCGAACUUUAAGUGAACGACUUAGCCUUUGUGUUUGUGGAGCUGUGGAUUAUUCAUCUCUUCAACCAGAAGUACUAGUGGAUUACUUGUUAUUUUGGUUGAAUCGUCGUCAACGUACAGAAUACGUUUCUCUUUUUGAUUUACCUGGUCCUACCACUGAUGUUAACGAAUUAUUGGUCAGCGUGUGCUUUAAAAACAAAUUUUUCCUGACUGUAUCUAAACCAAGUUGGUUACCUAACGAAAUAGAAACUUCAGAUGAGUUAUUUAAAAGUAAUAUCACUCAAAAGAUGGCUAUACCUGAUAUUAAACGUGCUGCCUUUCAUAUCCUUAGCUUAUUUAAUAAAAGAUAUUUUGGUCCAGUUACUUUCUUACCUGAGGAUGAAAAGUUAGCGGAUAAUUUCUUUCAUCUUGCUUAGAAAUGUUGAAACGAUUUUUUACUGAGCGAAUGCUUUUGUAAAUUGUACAUAACACAUUAUUUGCAAAUAAAUAAUCUACCUAUUGA